UAAAUAGUAGGCAAGCGUUUUAUUUUCGUGAAAAUAUUGUAAAAAAAAAAGUUUAGAGCAGGAUAUAUUUAAUAUCCUGCUUUAAAAAAUUAAUAUAUUAAAGAAUCUUUACGAAGUAAGGCAGUUGUAAUUUCAUAUUCGCCAUGUUGUCCGCCACAGGGACCGAUAACAGAACUACCGCAACCGAUAACUUCGCUCUCUAUGUACAUCUCUAUGUGCCCAAUGCUUCGCGCAUAAUUUUACACAAAUUUUACAAAUAAAAUACAAUAAAGCCCAAUAAAUUGGGGAUAAAAUUGGAACCGGAGACUUGAUUGUGGCAGCUCGCGGCUAUGCGCACCUCGACCGAUAGAAAACAGCGCCUGUGAAUGGUAUUAUAAUAGCGUCGAAAGAUCCGGAUAUCUAGGGAACCGCUGCCAGUGAAAAAAAAAAAAAAAAGUGAAAAGUGGUGUUAACAAGAAGAAGAAGCGCCUUUCGCAGCGAGUACGGUGCGUGCGCUAGUAUGUGUGUGUGUGUGUGUCCAAGUAUGCGUGUAUGCGUAUCUUACGUUGCAAACAAAUUUGAAAAAUUUGCUUAAAUUUUUGCAAAAUAAUUUGGUGGCGGCGUUUCUUUCAACUAAAUCUGUGGCAGCAUUGUAAAGCACAGCAUUGCCUACAAAUGUUGUUCCCCAAAUAUGAUAAUGAAAGAUGCACGAAUAUGACGUAAAUGAGCGCAAAGAGGCACCAGCAAGUCUUCCACCCAAAGAACACGACGACUCCAGCAACACCAUCCUCAAGAAUAGGAGCAGCUCCAAGAGCCUCCAGGUCCAGGUCAAUCUACACCGGGAUAAGUCGAUAACGGGCGCCGUUGAAGAUCAGAUCGGUACAGCUGGAGUGAGCAGAGUCGACAAACUCUCACCCACGUGCCUGACCCUAUAUCCGCUUGUGGUCCAGCUCGUUGACAAGGCGGUGGCACCACCCCAAGCUCCCCAAGCCAUCGCAGAGAAAGAAUCGAAAGCAUCACCGAAACGGAAGCGACAACGUCGCACCUACGCCGCCGAUCCAACACGCUGCUCGAGUCUUAGGUCGCGCCAGGAGCCAGCUAUCAUAGACCUGACCGAAGGCGCCACUUCCAAGCAGCCACCAACUCCGCCACCAGCGCAGGCCGCUUCGCCCACACCCACAGAGCCCACUGAGUACAUCAACCCAGAUCACUUCAAGCCAGAGUUUUGGAACCGCAUCGAGGAGGAGCAGGAACAGAAGGCAACUGGAAAGAAGCGACGAGGAGGAACGGGUCGGGCCAGGACACGCCGGAAUAAGCUAUUAAGCGAGCUAGAGACCUACUCGCCAGAAACGGCGGCCGCCAUCGCGGCAGCACAACUCGAGCUAGACGCCACAUCGAAACCGGGAGGACCGCGGGUCAGUCGCAAGAGGGGACACAACAUGUCGCUGUACGAUCGCCGGCACCAGACCACCACGGACGAGCGCCGGGUGGCCAACGGUUAUGGCGGUAAUGGUCUGCGCGCUGGCACCUCUGGUUCCACAUCUAGCGAAAUUGAGUCCCAGGAACUGCAGAGCCACCAGUAUUACGGAUCCGCCGGUGGUAGUAAUCCCACUGGAUCGGGAUCGGGCCUGAAUGGCAGUUCGGGAGCUGUGAAUCAUGCUCCUUCCAUGGGCACGCUCUGCAACAUCGGCAAUUCGUGCUACUUGAACUCGGUGGUGUACACCCUGCGAUUCGCCCCACACUUCCUGCACAACCUGCACCAUCUGAUCCACGAUCUUGGCGUUGUGCAGCAGGCGAUUGUGCGCCAGCAGAGGGCCAAGUCGGCGUCGCUGGGUAGGAAUGUGAGUGCCGCGCAGUUGGAGCAUGCGCGCAGUUGGAGUAGCAAGGACUUGGCCACAAGUGCGGAUCAAUAUACCGGUCUGAACGGCGGGGCCAGUGCUGCGGUGGCUGGAAGUGGUGGCAGUGCUUCAAAUAAAUCCACUCACCAAUCGGUGUCGGAGAAACUUCACGAGCUAUACAACAGCCUACACGGAAACGAGAUGGCCGACUCCACGGAGCCGUAUCAUGCGGACACGCUGCUCCACGCCAUCCAGGAUGUGAACGCCACCUUCGAGGGCAACCAGCAGCAGGAUGCACACGAGUUCCUGAUGUGCGUCCUGAACUGUAUUCGGGAAACGAACCAGUCGCUGAUCAAGGCCAUUGGCGAGUGUCCCGAGGUGAUUGCAAAUGGUUUUGUUGCUAACCCCGACGAGGUGGACACCGGGGAGGCCCAGGAGCGUGCUGAUUCCGCUGCGUCGCAGAGCGUGAGCUCCGGAAACGGAUCCCUGUUAUCUAGUCAAACAACAACAUCGACCAAGCCGUCGUUCUUCUCGCGCAAGUCAAAGAGAAAAGACGAGGUCAAGUCGUCAAAGUCAACGCGCGUUCAGUCGCCACUCAAGGACAACAGUCCCACGGCGGGCACAGCCCACGCCACCGCCAACAGCUUGUUCUACCUAAACACGGUUGAUCUCAGUGGCGCCAACAGCACUGGUAGUGGCAGUGGUAGUGUGGUUCCAACACCAACUGUCACCCUACCGUCGGUGACGGCUCCCCAAGCAUCCAAAUACUCCAGCGACGAUGAAAUGAACUCGGCCACCGUUCUCAAGGACAAGAUGCGACUGGAGGAGAGAAUCAGGGAGCUGAACCUCAACUUUUUCAAUGCCGACUUCGAGGGCGUAGUGGUGCUGACCACCAAGUGCCUGAGCUGUGAAACGGUGACGCGACAGAAGCAGGGCAUGAUCGACAUCUCGGUGCCGGUGCCAAUAUCCGGAUAUGAAAACAGCGAUCUCCAGGAUAAGCCCAGCAAUUACAUUCAGAACUCUUGCAUCACCAAGGAGUACUUCCGCGGGGAGAACAAGUAUAGCUGCAAUCAGUGCACUGGGUACACUGAAGCCAUUCGCUCCAUCUCGUACGAGGUGCUGCCGAGGCUGCUGGUCAUCCAGCUGAAUCGCUUCUCCGGUGGAAUGGAGAAGGUGAGUACGUACGUGCCCACCAGCUUUACGCUGCCCUGUUUCUGCAUCAAAUGCUGCGACCUAAGCGAGAGCAACAAGCUCCACGUCUACAAGCUGUACAGCGUAAUCACCCAUGUGGGGGCCACGCUGACGGUGGGCCACUACAUCGCCUAUACGUGCUUUCUGGACUUGGCGAGCGAUUACGUGAACUGCCCAAAGGAUCGCCGCAACACGAUGACUGGCUCCCAAACGUCGUCCUCACAGUCAGCGGCUUCCAAUGAGAACUCAGCUCCCAAUAAUGGAAGCAGCAGCGUGGCCAGCACUCCAGUGUCGGCGGCCGCCUCGGCCUUGGCCUCUUCCGGAACGAGCUUGAUGAAAAAGAUGAAGUUCGGCCGCAGCAAGGCCUCCAGUAGCGGGGAUAUGAGCAAGAACGUGAAGCAGGUGAAUGGAAUCAGCAGUAAGACGAUCACGAACGGGAUUGGGAAGCUCAGCAUGAACACCACCUGCCACGGAGUCAACUGCUGUGCCAUGCGGCUCUGCUGCAACCAGCAGACGAGCAACAGCAACUCGGCCAGCUGCAGCGACUUCAGCGAGGAGUCCCUGCAGAACGGCAGCAACAGCAAUCUCAGCUACGGUAGCUCGGGCGCCACUUAUCCCACGGGCUAUGGCAGCACCGGACGCGGAGGCGUCAAAGUCAACUACGCACACGGCGGCACGGAGCCCAUUUGGUACAUGUGUGACGAUGACAAGAUCAAAGCGAUGACCCAGCGCGAGUUCGAGGAGUUGCUGUCGCCCACUCGCAAGAUUACGAUAACUCCUUACUUGCUGUUCUACGCACGAUUCGAUUUGCAGCCACAGCAGCCACAGACUGCUGCCUCAAAGCCGGGAACAUCGUCAACGCCGCCGCCGCCUCCAUCGAGUGGAUCACAGAGCUCCUGGUCGAAUGAUAACGUGCCCAGUGGCUCGCACAAGAUUUGAGGUUCGUCAGUGCACCAGUGCACCAGUAGGAGCCACUUAGGCAAGGGCCGGCGAGGCGUUUGAGGAGAAAAGAAAUAGAAAACACGGAAAAGUACAUAUUUAUUGGAUAGGAGAUGUCUCUAUAGCCUAGAAUAAUAAGCAAAAGAAGAAGUCUGUUUGUUAAACAAUGUAAUCGUACUAAGCUCUAUCGUUUACCUACAUGCAUAACUAUUCAUUAACUAAUCGGCGGUUUAACUGAGACCUCCCUCCCCCUAAUAAUACAGUUUUGGUCUUAACGUUUAUCUAUUGUUUGUCUGUUUAAUUGAUUGAUGCAUUUGAUUUUGGCAUUCAUUUGUUGUAUAACUAUAUUGUUAUUACUAAUUAAGGUUAACCAACGCGUCUAAAACACGAAUUUAAAACGUUAAAAACGCUGAUAAAUGGCCUAGGAUUGAAUUGAAAUUAUCACCAGGACGUCAGGACACCAGGAACUCUUUUUUUCUUAUACUCAAAUACAAUUUAAUGGCGAAAGCAAUAAAAUGAAAAGAAAACAAA